CACCACUGCGCAGACUAUUCCGUACACUCACCAUGGCCCGCCAGUAUCGACUUACAACCACCCUCGCCCGCGCCUAUCCCUGGGUGAAAAGCCCCUGGGUGGUCAGCGCGCCAAUGCGGGUGAUGGCAGGCCCGGCGUUGGCGGUCAGCGUCUCACAAGCGGGCGGCCUCGGCUUUCUAGGCCCUCGAGUGAAAACCCACGAGAUGCUGUCCGAUUUGCAAGACACUUCCGACCGUGUCAAAGCCCUGCAACAUCAGCCAUGGUCCGAGAGUUCCCUGCUUCCCAUCGGCGUGGGGUUUCAGCUGUGGAGUGACGAUCAGGAGAUUGCCAUCGCCGCGAUUGAGCAAUUCAAACCGUGUGCCGCUUGGUUAUACGCCCCUCGCGACCCGCAACGCGACUACGAUCUAUGGUCGCGUCGGAUUCGCACCGUCUCCGCUCAAACCCAGAUCUGGAUUCAGAUCGGGACUCUGGCGGAGGCCAGGGAGCUGCUGCGAGGCCAGGAAUUGCCCGACGUGAUUGUCGUACAGGGGGCGGAGGCAGGAGGCCACGGUCGGGCCCACGAUGGACUAGGGUUGAUCACGCUUCUCCCCGAGGUCGCCGAUUUGGUGGCCGGUCGGAUCCCUCUCUUCGCAGCGGGAGGCAUUGCGGAUGGGCGCGGUGCUGCGGCGGCUCUCUGUCUAGGAGCGUCCGGGGUGGUGAUGGGGACCCGAUUCCUGGCCGCUGAAGAAGCCCGCAUCAGUGCCGGAUACCAGCAGGCAAUUGUGCGCGCCAGCGACGGGGCCACCUCGACAACCAAGACCUUGCUGUACAACCAUCUACGUGGCACGAUGGGCUGGCCAGCGGAGUACAGCCCCCGAACCAUCAUCAACCAGUCCUUCAUCGAACAUCAGCAGGGGCGCCCGUUCGAGGAGCUGAAGGCACUUCACGAUCAAGCCCUCCAGGCGGGCGACAGUGGCUGGGGGCCAGCUGGUCGACUGGCCACCUACGCUGGAGCAUCCAUUGGCUUAAUCCACGAGGUGCAGGGUGCCCCCACCAUUAUCAAGCAGGUGCAAGAAGAGGUCCAAGCGAGGUUAUCGGGGGAUGGGGGUGCAGACAAAUAUUAGAUGGUUGGUCCGGGUGGAUUGGAAAACCACCCACUACAGCAGUGUAUGUGCAAUCAAUAAGUACGUUAAGUGAUAAAUAACGGGUAAGUCAGCAGCAGCAGCAGCAGCAUCAGUAGCAGUAGUUGAUUGAUUGAUUAUUUGUUUGUUUGUUUGUGGGGGAA